AUGAAAAUAAUAAUGGGCAAAUUAUACAAAAAUAUUUAAGAUUAAAUUAGAAAAUUAAAAUGUUAAAAAAUCCAAUUUUAAAAUUUGGUUGAAAGUGCUUUAUAAUUGCUAUGGAAAAAAUAAUAAGCUUUUUUAUAAUAAAAUGAGUUUUAAAUGUUUAUCUUUUUUGAAAAAAAAACAAAGUAAUAAAAAUGUCAAAAGAUUUGUUCUUGUAUUAGAGCUUAACUUAAGAAAAGAGUUAAUUUAUUUUUGCAAUUAUUAAUUAAAUUGGAUACGUUAGUGGAGUUUGUAGAAGGAAAAUAAUCACUGGAAAUUAAUAAUAAUCAAUAAAUUAUGAAUGGAGAAACUUUCAAGUAUAUUUAAGCUGAAAAUUUAAAUGAAAGAUUAGAUAUAUUGUUUGGCAUUAAAUAGAUAGAGCAAAAUGAUGAAUAUAUAAUUAAAAUCCAUUGUUAAAUUAAUAGAGAUAUAUCAAAGAAGCAAUAGUUGGAUACGGAUAGAGAGUAUUAGAAAGGAGUGUAAAAAUGUAUGAAAUAAUUAAUUAAAAGAUGA